AUGUCCGGCUCGUCCAAGGUUCUGGCUCUUUUCAGCCUGCUUGCCCUCGCACAGGCACAGACCACACUUUUCGGUGUUUCGGUGCCCCCUGGGCCCACGAGCGAGGCAACGCGCGUCGUCAUUUCCGAGACCGUCUCCUUCAGUGCGCUGCCGCUCGGCCCCGACGGGCAGACGACCUACCUCGAAGAGGUCGUGCAGAGCUUCCAGGCGCUCGUCGACGCGAGCGACACCCAGGUUCUCCUCAGCACGCCCAUCACCUUCGACUUCCUCUAUGCGCAAAGCACCGGUGGGUUCGUGGCCUCCGAGAUUCUCCCGCCGGGCGCGCCGCCCUCCGCCAGCACGCGCUUCGCCGGCACGCUCGACGACUGCAAGUUUGACGGCCACGGCGGGGCCGUCUGCGUGCAAGCCUUCCCUCAGGUCCCCGGCGUCCCAGUGCCGGGCCACACCAAUACGGUCAGCGGCGUGGUCGUCCCCAUCGCGACGCUCGGCGGCACGCCCGCCGCCUCCGGCCCGGGGUCCAGCGGGACUCGGCCGCCGGCACCGACAAAAAGUACAAGUGGCGCAUGUGCGCAAAGCGGCGCCAAUUCGGCCGUGGCGUGGAUGGCAGCUAUUGUUGCAUUGUCCUACUGUAUCUACUGA